UAUAUGGACAAAAUAGAACGAGUUUUGGUGAUAACUAACCAAAUAUUUAAUUACUAUAAUACUGAUUUCUCGCUAGAAAUAACAUCAAAAGUGCAAAACGUUAGUCAGAAAUAUACAUUUACACACAAACUGACCACCAAACGCAACUUUCAGACGUCAUCUUUAUUUUUUUUAUAGUUCAACUGUCAUGGAAUGCACAGGAUUGUGGGAUAUCAAAGGCAGCGAAGUAUACAUCUAUGCUGCCUUCAAAAUUUGAUCAGAUGAAGGUACCUCCGGAGACAGGAAGUAAAGCAGAAUUUGGAUUCCGACGUGCCUUGCUGCCUUCCUGCCUUGGAAUGCUGCCUCCGAAGGCAGCAUUUUUUCUGUUUUUGGAUGCAGCCACUGUCAACUGAAACAUGCCAGUGAAAACCGGAAGUGUCACUGAGCAUAGUGGCAUGCGCCAAUGGCAUCUGUGCAUCAGAUGUCAUGUCACUUAAUGUUAAAACUUCUGCUGUUGGUUUGCAUGUAAACCGGGAGUUUUGGGAAUUAUCAGCAUAUAGGUUUCUACCAUAGAUAUAUAUGCCCUACUUGACCGCUCCAGAUAUGUUUGACGCAUGUGUAACGGAGUGGAAAAGUAUGUUAAAUUAUUGCAUAAAUGGGGACAGCACCAUCUAUGUGGUGCGCAAUGUAAUUUAGUGCGUGGAGUAGGGACCGUCCACAGCAGAGUUAACGAAGCAUUGCUGUGGGUAAGUUACAUGUCUUCGCGGCCUGAGAAUUACCAUUUAUAAGUGUCCAAAGCACACAAAUAUUUGCUUUAUUGUGACUGUAUCUUUCAAUGAAUAUGUUGGGACUCUGUUAAGUUGUGUUUGGCGUCGAGUGUGUUGCUCAAUAUUGAGUUAUGUGUUUAAAUUACGAGACCUGAUUGUAAUCAAUUUGUGUGUUGUCUUGUCUUGUGUUUUAUGUAAAUUCUUGUACUGAAUCAGUGAAACCCUAUUGACACGCGCUGUCUCCAUCGUGCAGAAAGCAGACCACCCAGGCAAGACUGUCACAUUGGUGCCGUGAAGUUGUGAUGCCGCUGUGUUGCCAUGGGUCGCGUCUUCAAGCAAGCUGAGAGAGAUCACCGUGUUGCCGCUUAAGGAAUGAAAGCAUCCAUCAUCAGUUGAACAGUUCAUAAUCAGUCCACAGCCUUUCGGAUCAAGGAACUCACUUUAUCGUUUUUCACUCUCUUGGACUUUUCUCACUCUGCUCUUUGAUAUUGAGUUAAUGCCUGCAUGUAUUGUAACAUAUUUCAUUGCCCAUAAUGAGUAACGGUAAUAGAUAUUUACCUGACCAAUUUAUUCCUGGUCCAGUAGGCAGAGGCAGAGGAGUUUUAGGUUUUCCAAUUCCCUUUUCAGUGAACAGGCCCAGUGCUGACGAUAGUGAUAGUAGGCCUGGCAAUGCAAGAAGGGUUUGUCCUCUAAGAGAGUAUGAUGCAGCAGACAUGCAGUCAGAUGUCAAUCACAGAGUAGCCUGCACAUCAACACCUAACAAUGAUAGCCUGAUAUGUUAGGGCAGAUGAGUUCAAUUGGCCAACAAUUAGCAGAGAAUCUCCUAACUGUGAUAUUUUCAGAAAUAGAAGUCGCGUUUUUCUUUGCUUUUCUUUCUAAUGCAGAAACACUCAUGAAGCACGCAAAACAUGCACAACGCACGCACGUAUUUGUACUGGUGCAGAAUGAGAGGGACAGUACAGCCUAGCGCAUUUCACACAGGCUGCUAGUUUCACUUUCGCCAGAAAGUUGUGUAUGCUUAAGGUUGAAAAUAAAUUAUUUAUUUUAUAGUGAAUGCCCCUAUAAAUGGUCUUAUAUUUACGACUCAGUUUUAAUCCAAGUGAUGCAUGCUAUGUGAGCGAACAUCAAUAAAGAUCACAGAAGUCUGUCCCUCCCUCCCUACCGUUAAGUAACUUGUGCAUUGUUUUGCUUACUUGUUUUUUACAUAUCUGACCGAACUACAAACGUUCCAGUGAUGUCUGUGAGAAAAGUAUAUUCACUCGACAAGCUCGCGCAUCUGCGCCGGCGCCCGCUCAAUCCACUCAGUGCUUUGCUUUUCAGCUCGCGCACAUCAGCUAUAAAAGGCAUUAAUACUGAAUGUUUAGCAUUAUUCAUUGCAUACAUCUGCUUAGUAGACAUCCUUAAUCUCUAAUAACUCCAUUCUGCUGCAUGUUAUCCUGUUUCUUUGUCUGAAUAUGACACUUAUCACAUGCUGUGAGGUAUCGGCGCUUGGUAUCGGGGCAUUUUAACGAGUACAAGUACGAGUACAGGAGCUCAGUAUCGGGCCAGAUACCGAUACCAGUAUCGGUGCAUCCCUAGUACAGACCAUGUUGACAAUCCUCCCAUCUUUGACACAGAAGAUUACGAGUCUGCAUAUGAACAGUAUAAACCGAGUGUUUCGCCUGAUAAUACCGCUGUCUUUCAAGGAAUACAAAGAGUCCCCAGAGCUGGUUCAUUAUUUUACACUAUUGUGUCUGUGGAAAAUGGUCAGUCUUUCACUGCAUUACUCAACAGUGGCUCAAUGGCCUGCACUCUCAGCGAGACAGCUGAAGCUAGUUUGCUGGCAAGCACUUUAACGUUGAGAAAAUGUUCUGCCGAUGAUGUUGUAAUUAUUGGAUGUGGUGGUCAUCGAGUCACACCAACAGCAAUGUAUGAUCUGCCUGUCUGUGUCUAUGGAUGUAAAACAAUAAUACCUGUGCUGAUCGUUCCAGGCCAGACUGAUGAGAUGAUCUUGGGCAGCAAUGCCAUCAAAUGCCUGCUGACUCUCCUGAAAAGUACAGAUGACUACUGGAAAUUAAUCUCACUACCGAGCGGUAAUGGACAAAACACACAGAGAUGGAGAGGCGACCACGCACCUGAGAAAGUUGGUACUGUUAAACUCAAGCACUGUGUGACACUUCAACCCCAGAGUGAACACCUUGUAUGGGGGAAGCUCCCUGUCAACACUACGAUGUCUGUGGGUAGUACGGUGCUGGUGGAGCCCACCCAGUCCAAAUGUGGCCCUAAGCAGAUCACGGUUGGUAGAGUCAUUACACCUUUAUGGGGUGAUGGCUGGAUACAUGUAAAAGUUAUAAACCCUACGAACAGUGUGUUGACCUUAAGAGGAAAUGCAAAGAUUACGGAUGUUUCUCCAUGCAGCGCUGUUGAAGAUUUCCCAGAGAGUGACUAUAUUAAGUCUCAAGUUCAAUACUUUCAACAUGAGGAUGGUUCCCAGGAAUCUGAGGAUGACUUAAUGCAGAUCUUGCAUGACUUGGGAUUGAGAGACUUGGAUCUGACAGCAUGCGAAGUGUCUUCAACAUGGAAAAUGAAAUUACUCCAUCUUGUCAAGAAAUAUGAGUCUAUAUUCUCAAGGAAUAAGAUGGACUGUGGCGAAGCCAAAGAUUUUGUACAUCGGAUCCGCCUAGUGGAUGACAAACCCUUUCGUCUACCCUACUGUCGUGUACUUCCAAGCCAUUAUGAGAAGCUGAGAGUAGUGCUGGAUGAAAUGGAAGAGAACAGCAUUAUCAGAAAAUCAAACAGUGAGUACGCGUCCCCUCUUGUGCUGGUGUGGAAAAAGAAUGGUGAUCUGAGCAUCUGUACAGUUUUCGGUGGUUGAACGCCAGAACUGUAAAAGAUGCCAUCCUCUGCCACAACAGGCCGACGCCUUAGCUGCUCUUGGGGGAAAUGCUUUCUUCUCGACUAUGGACCUUACUUCAGGCUUCUAUAAUGUGCCGUUACGCAAAAACGUAACGGAUGUUCAAGCAGCGGACUUGAUGGACUCUGAUGGCGUCACUCCAUGUCACAAGAAAACCAGAUUAUACUUGGGUAUGGUUUUGUACUAACAGAAUUUUAUAGAGAGAUGCUCUGUUAAAGCCAAACCGUUAUUCAAUCUGAUCUCAAAGACUGACACUACGGGCUCUAGAGGCAGGAGGAGGAAACUCAACUCAAAGGCUGUGUGUGUUAAACGCUCACCAACAGACUGGAAUGACAAAUGCCAGAAAGCGUUUGACACUUUAAAGGAGAAUCUUCUCAUAAUCAUAACGCUAGUACACCCUGACUUUAACUGUGACUUCAUACUAGCUGUAGAUGCCUUGUUUGAUGGUUUGGGAGCUGUUCUGUCUCAAAUCCCUGAGGGCAGCACGAUGGCCAGACCAGUGGCAUUUGCUAGCAAGACACUGUCUGGUUCUCAGAUAAAUUACCCAGCUCACAGGCUAGAAUUCCUCGCACUUAAGUGGGCAAUAUGUGACAAGUUCCAUUAUUGGUUGAAGGGCCGUCAUUUUACAGCUUGGACGGACAAUAAUCCCCUCACCUACAUACUGGCCAAGACUCGAUGCCUGUGAGCAAUGCUGGGUUGCUAAAUUAGCCUCCCUCAGCUUUGAUAUGAAAUACGUACCCGUACUGACGCGUUGAGCAGGUAACCUUUUGUCUAGUCUAGUGUCAGCCAUCGACUUGUAACGGAACCUUACCAUUCUUUGCUCAAUCAGGAUAAUGGAGUUGUAGAUCAAGUUGUUCAAGAUUCUUUCCGACUUAUUACUAACUGUAAAGUACUAAGUCCUGUUGAUGAUCCUUCUGAUGAGACUGGAGUUAGCGGACAAGGUCAGAUGACGGCAGGUGCUUUGAGUUCACAGAAUGUAGCUGCAGUAUUGGACGCACAUUGUUCUGGUGGUGUAGGACAAAUGAUGGGCGUGGAAACCAUGCCACACAUCCCUGAUAUGGACCAGACUACUGCACUCAAUGUAAGCACACUUUCAGCCGCACAAGAACAGGAUACCGCUGUGAGUAGAGCACUCUAUGUUCAGAGACACAGACGUCCUGACAAGCGUGAACGUGCAAGUGAGUCUCGAACUGCACUAAAGCUUCUUAAGCACUGGAAUAAACUUACCAUCAAAGAUGGCAUGCUUUUCAAAGUCAAAAGAGACUGUCACAUGAACAAAAAGUUGUAUCAAUUCAUUGUCCCAAAUGCUCCAAAACGACAAGUGCUUCAUGGUCUGCAUGAUGCUGCUGGUCAUCAAGGUCACUUCAGGACACUUUUUCUAGUAGCAACAAACCACUUCACCAAAUUAGCCUACACUUUCCCCUGUAAGAACCAGUCCGUGAAGCAAGUUGCUCAUCAUUUAUGGAACGGUCUCUUCUGUGUUUACAGAUUCCCUAGGCGAUUCCCUCAGGGAUGAGACUGUUGUGAAGUAUUCAGAUUUCGUAUCCAGGCUUAAAAGUGACCUUGGUGAAGCUGCAAACAUUGCACAGAAGCACAGUUCUACUGGGCAAGCUCGGCAUGCAAGGAUCUACAAUCGGAAAGUAAAGGGAUCAUCUUUGACUGUUGGUGACAGAGUCCUUCUGGCGAAUCGUGGUGAGCGUGGCAAACAGAAAAUUGCAGACAAGUGGGAGUCCAACCUCUAUGAAGUUAUGUCGAUGAGAUCACCCAUUAAUGUCUAUCGGAUAAGAGACAAAGAAACAGGUAGAGAAAAGACUGUGCACAGGAAUCUCUUGCUCCCUGUUAACUUUCUGUACAAAGACGAUGGAACCGCUUUACCAUCUCAGUCUCAUUCAGUUGAUUCGACCUCAGACUUGCCUGAUCAUCCCGACAGUGAUACGAGAACAGCUCACUGGGUUAUGCAGUUUGAUCAGCCCAACUGGUGGCGAUACUUUCACGAUAUGACGACAGUCUAAUCCUAUUGGUUGAGCUGCCGAUGUGACCUACUCUGCAACAGCGUCGCGUGUACUUUCAUCGCAGUUGCAGAAAUCGCUUGAACUGAACAUUAGUAGGGCAAAAUGAGUUCGGCUGAAACUGAAAUUGAAAUUGAAGAUGCCCCGUCGUCUUAUAAGUCCGACGUCUGGCAGCAUUUUGGUUUUCCGGUCACGCGACAGGACGACGGUAAAAAAAAAAAAUCAUCACAAACAAAACACAAACUGUUUGUAAACCCUGUAAAACAAGGAUGCCAUACACAACGUCAAACACUUCGAAUAUGAUGUGCCAUUUAAAACAGAAUCACAACAACAACAAACUUCUGCAAACUCCUGCGACAAAAAGAGUGAAAGAAGGCCAAACAUCUAUACAACGCAGUUUUGCUGCAACAUGGUCUCAGUCAAGUGCGAAAGCUCAAGAAAUAACCAGGUGCAUCUGAGUUUUUAUUGCAAAAGACAUGAGACCAUUUUUGGUGGUCGACAAUGUUGGAUUUCGCGAAUUGGUUAGGGUACUGGAGCCCAGGUACCAUAUUCCGUCACGCCCGCACUUCAGUCAAGAGGUAGUUCCAGCCCUGUACUGCGAAGUUAAAGCAAAGGUGGUCGACGGUCUGAAAAAAGCAGAGAAUGUGGCAAUAACAACUGACGGGUGGACUUCGCGGGCUUGUCAGAGCUAUAUUACAGUCACGGCGCAUGUUAUUACCACGGAGUGGGAAAUGAAAGGUUUCGUGCUUCAGACUUGCCCGCUUUUUGAGUCACACACUGGAACUAACAUAGCCGAAGUUUUAAAAGCGGCUAUACAAGAGAGGGAGCUUGAAAGGGCACCUCAUACUACUGCUGUUGUUAGACAAUGCACACAACAUGGAGGUGGCAGUGAGAGAAGCCGGGUUGUCACCGCAUAUUAAGUGUCUCGCGCACACAUUGAAUCUUCCGUCGCAAGCAGGUUUAAAUGUUUCUCGAGUCAGUCGCUUGCUUGGUCGCGUGAGAAAAGUCAUGGCUUUCUUUCACCGCAGUGCCACAGCAACAGCUGUGCUCACGGAAAAGCAAAAGAUGCUUGAGAUCGCAUCACAUAAGCUUAUCAUGGAUGUGGUAACCUGAUGGAACAGCUCCAUGGAUAUGCUGGAACGCUAUCUCGAGCAACAAGCGGCUAUAACGGCAGCUCUUUUGAGCAGAGAGAUGCGCAAAAAUACCCAUCAACUUGAUACUCUGGAUAGCAAUGACAUCACUGAUGCAGAAGAAAUAGUAAACCUUAAACCUCUAAAAAAAGCCACCACUGUCUUGUCUGAUGAAAAGAGCACCACCCUGUCACUCAUUGUGCCCUUGAAAUCGAUGAUCGAGCAGAGCAUGACACUGGACGAGAAAGACUCCACAACUAUAGCUAACAUGAAAGCAGCCAUCCUGCAAAACCUCUCAGGCAGAUACACAGAAGUACAGGAUUAUCUGCUAGAGAUUACUGCACUGGACCCCAGAUUUCGAUCGUUGCCCCACCUAGUCCCUGAACAACGCAAAGAGGUUUUCCAGCGGUUGAUGGACAAAUCAAACCAGUUACAGCAGGCUGUCACUGUGGAGCAAGCAGAAAAGAGGGAGGGAAGGUGCCAGUGAUGGAGAUCCCACUGAUGCAGCAGUGAAGAGAGAGACAACACAGAGAGUUGAGCAAGAACAGCCACCACCUAGCAAAAACGCUUCUUAAGUUCAUGUUAAAUGUAACAAUUUUUUCAGUGACUGACAGACAGACCUAUUCAGUUGUUAAUUUGAAUACAGAAGGUUGUUAUUAAACCUUGAAAUGUGAUCUUGUAUGCACAACAAAGAAAGUUAUUGAAUUUUGUUAAUGUUUUUGAAAUAAAUCUGUUAUUUGAAUUUCAGUUUCAUUUUUCAAAUUUUGUUCAAAAUAUCGUGGUACGUAUCGUAUCGUGUACCGUAUCAUGACCAGGGCAUAUCGUUACACCCCUAUGCAGGACUGGAACACUGAGAAACUCUGAGGAUCUGACAAAGAGAGGAGCGUUAGCUGAUCUUAAAUAGCCCCAGUAAUGAGCCACAGCUGGGACUGAUCAGCCCGUAAUCACGAGCUCGGACACACCCACUCACG